ACAAGAUGGGGACACGCAUGAAGUUUCCUUAUAUUCUUAUUCAAAAGGUACUUCGAGUGUUCAAAGAUCUCCACAAAACACGGAUAAAUGUAUUUAAAGAUGACGACAGAGCUCUGACAGCUACCAGGUUAAAAAUAAAUGAAGAAUUCAAAACUAACAAGAAUGAAUCUUCAGAAGAAAAUAUUAAAGAGAUGCUUAAAAUGGCCCGAGCAGUUGAGACCAUCCUUCGUGAAAAUGUAAUACAGGCAGAGCACGUGGAGGAAAAUAAAAUGUUGUUGCGGCCCCGCAAGAGUCUACUACUAGAAAAUGUACCUUACUGUGAUUCACCCAGGACAAAGACAUGACCCGAAGGAUUUACAGUUACUGAAAAUGAAAAAUAAAAAAACAGAAGGCUCAUGCUAAAAUGAAAAUGGAUGCAAACAAAUGCUAAAAUGAAAUAUAAGGGACACAUAUUGAUUUUUGUAAUGAUUUAAUUGAUUGAUAAUUUUUUUUAAGCAAUUUUAUUAUGUAUUCAAUCAUUUAAUUUAAAUAAUUAUUUAAUUAUUUAAUUUGGAGUAAUUUGGCUCUGCAAACACAGCAGCUAUAAGUUGAAUAAUGUCUGUUGGUUUUACAGUGAUGCAAAUGUGUUGAAUUAAAUGCCAUGUGUUCUGCUCUGAAAAAGAAACUAGCCUCAUUGUAAAUAGUGUUUGAAUGGCUUACUGAUGAAUAAAGUUUAAUAAACGUCAUACCAUUAAUAAACGACUCAUAAAAGAUUAUCAAAUAUAAAUAUAAAUGUAAAAUCAAUCAUUAUUGCUAAAUAUUCAGGCAUUUGUAAAUAUAUAAGUUGUUUAAGAGUGUAGGGAGACUGGAUUGCGUCAUGCAGAGUGGUUGAUGGGAGAUGGCGGUCGCGGCGAUGCUUAUUUGUACACCAGAUAUUUCGCUAUUAAGCAGAUUUUUUUUUUAUUUGUUUUAAAUGAAGAGUAAUUAAUUCAGUUGG